AAUGGCGGGCCGGGGCGGGCGAGAGUCGGGCGGGGGGCCGAAGGGCGGGGCGGACUCGGGCGGCGGCGCGGAGACGAGCGCGGGCGGAGGGCGCGGAGUGACCCGGCGCACCGACCAUGGCCUCCAAGUGUCCCAAGUGCGACAAGACCGUGUACUUCGCCGAGAAGGUGAGCUCCCUGGGCAAGGAUUGGCACAAGUUCUGCCUCAAGUGUGAGCGCUGCAGCAAGACACUGACGCCAGGGGGCCACGCCGAGCAUGAUGGGAAGCCCUUCUGCCACAAACCCUGCUACGCCACGCUGUUCGGACCCAAAGGCGUGAAUAUCGGGGGUGCCGGCUCCUACAUCUAUGAGAAGCCCCUGGCCGAGGGCCCACAGGUCACGGGCCCCAUCCAGGUGCCAGUGGUCCGAGCUGAGGAGCGGAAGGCCAGUGGUCCCCCUAAGGGGCCCAGCAAAGCCUCCAGUGUGACCACGUUCACUGGGGAGCCCAACAUGUGUCCUCGCUGCAACAAGAGGGUCUACUUUGCCGAGAAGGUGACAUCUCUGGGCAAGGACUGGCACCGGCCCUGCCUGCGCUGGCGCUGCUCGAAGACGCUGACCCCGGGUGGGCACGCGGAGCACGACGGCCAGCCUUACUGCCACAAGCCCUGCUAUGGCAUACUGUUUGGACCCAAGGGAGUGAACACUGGGGCCGUGGGCAGCUACAUCUACGACAGGGACCCCGAAGGCACGGUUCAGCCCUAGGUGCGCAGCCUCUCAUGGGGCAGGGCCCAUCUGCCGUCUGCUGACCCUGCCGGGGCCUCUUGGCUCUGUGGCAGACAACGCGUCCUGCCCUGCCAGCCCAGGGCACGAGUUGGAGGCAAAGGCACGGGUCGUCCCCAGAGCAGCACUCAAUUCCAGCCCUGAUUCUUGGUGUGUCCAACCCUCGUGGUGUCCCAUGUGUUACUCACUGCCCCCUCCGUUGCCCUGUGUGUCCCCAUGCCCAGCAUUCUCUGUGUGUCUGUCCCCAUGUGUCCCCCAGGCCCUGGUGCUCUCUGAGGAAGCUGUGCUGCUCCCUACCUGUUGCCCAUCCCUGCCCACCAGUAUUAUUUAUACUCUAGCUUGCCGGUGAUGGCCACAAGCUCACCAUGUCCUUAGGGCGGGGCACACCCCUGCCAGGAGCCCUCUGCCUGGCUCCCACACUGCCCACCUCACCCCUCUUACACUUAGCUGCUAAGACUUUUGCUGUCAAUAAAAGGUUUGAGGAUCACAGGACCAUA